CCUAUUCUUGGGAGCUGUUGGCAGAGGCAAGAAUGGAGGCCACGGGGGAGCCCUACUUGCCUCAGGAAAAGAGUAUCUCCUCCCUCCUGGGCAUCUUUGAAAGGGUCUGGCUCUCAUGGCCGAGGUGUCCUGCCCAUUGAAGGUGACUGAGACUACUUCCUGAUCUGGAGCAACCCCACCCCUUCCAGCCACUGUCAGCUGUGGGGUGACCGAAGUCCACUGUUCCAUCAGCGCCUCGGCUGUGAUAAGGCUUCCCGUGCCUAGCAGCCUUCCCAGUACCUGGCAGUUUACAGUAACACUGCCCACGGACUUCAGGAACUCUUGCUUUCAGCUGAGAGAGACCUUCAGAGACUCCCUCCCCGAGGGCCUUCUCAGGGCAGAAUUGCAGCCCCAACUCUGCCUGGCCUAGCAGCUGCCUGGAGCUCACAUGAGGAAGAGCGAUCGACAAAUGAACAGAAAGACAGCUGCUUUGAAGAGCCCUGUGACCUACACAGAGAAACCAGACAGUGGCCAGGAGCCCCCAGACCGCCGCAGUCUGCACUGGCCAGAAGGCUUGAAGGGUGGAGAGAUAAAGAAGUAUGGCCGGGAAGGGACACUGCUAAAUAAAUACAACCACCAAUACCACAAGCUCUUUAAGGAUAUCCCCUUGGAGGAGAUGGUGCUCAAAGUGUGCUCCUGUGCCCUCCAGAGGGAUCUCCUUGUCCAGGGGCGGCUCUACAUCUCCCCCAACUGGCUCUGCUUCCAUGCCAACCUCUUUGGCAAGGACAUCAAGGUGGUCAUUCCCGUGGUGUCUGUGGAAAUGAUAAAGAAACACAAGAUGGCGCGGCUCCUCCCCAAUGGCCUGGCCAUUACCACCAACACCAGCCAGAAGUAUGUGUUUGUGUCGCUUCUCUCCCGGGACAGCGUGUAUGACAUGCUGAGGAGGGUCUGCACCCACCUGCAGCCUUCCAGCAAGAAGACCCUGAGUGUAAGGAAAUUCCCAGAGGAACCCGAGUGCAAGUCUCUGGAAGUCCUCAUUCCCGAGAUGAAAUGGAGAAAAAUAUACCCUCCCUCCGGGUCCCUGUUGCUCCCAGACAAUAUCCCCUGUGUCCCUCAGGGAUCGAUGGACUCCACAGACAGCCUCUUUCCUUCCGGGAAGCCUCCAGAGCCUGAGAAUGCUGUCUGUGAGGCCCAGGAGCAUGCGGAGGAGCCAUCGAGAGAGCAGGAGCUGGGGCUCUGGGAUUCGUAUCUCCUCAAGGUCAUCUUCAUGGUAAUCUGCUUCUUGGUCAUGUCCUCGUCCUACCUGGCAUUUCGCAUCUCCCAGCUGGAACAGCAGCUGUGUUUCUUGGAUUGGAAUGGGCCAGUCCCUGGGCACAGGUAACAGCUGCCUGGCCUUUGUCCUCACACCUCUCCAGAAGAAAGCUCAGUGCUCAGACUCCAGGACCCCCAGUUCAUGGUGCUGCUGUGCUGAGGCCGAGUGUGAAGGAAAACAUUCCCACUCCUUCCCCUCCCUGUCUUCUCCCGCCCUCCGACAGUGAGCUGAAGCACCUGUUUACAAAGUAACCGGCUCCUACAGAUUUUGGACUCAAACAGAAAGCUAGAUUCUUGGAAGCAGCUGAGGAAUUCUGUAUACUAAGCUUCAGCAGCCACUUCAGUGAGAACAACAUUUAACUUGCUCCUUGGAGACCUCUCUGGCACACAGGCGGAGCUCUGGGGGCCACCUCAAGAGACAAAGGCCACACUUUGAUACCUGGAAUGUGGCUCCCUGGGGGGGUGGGGCAGAGGCCAGAGCACCUGUCUGCUGUGUUGCAACACACUUCAGGGCCCUUGGGCCCAAGAGUCCCAGUCCUGGAGCCCACAAGGCUCUGCAGGGAGCCAGGCACCGGUUAAGCCUGGGCAGGGGGUGUGAAGGCAGGCAAGAGGGCUCCCAGCAGGGAUUCCAGCAGGAGAUGAAUGUGCACGCUUGAGCAAGGUCCCUCUUUCAGAGCUCAGCUGAACCCUCAAAGAUAGUGUCCACAGUAGGGAGUGUUGUGGGGCUGUGAGGCCCCAGAAUUCCAUGUCCCCAGCUGUCACUUUCUGGUGAGACAGGUAGAGUGGAGCUUUUGAUCACUGUGGUCACAGAUCUGGUACUAGGUCUAUCCUUGGUUUUCUCAACCAUUUCUAAAGUGUCCCAGGCCCUGGAAGUACAGGACAGGAAGGAUGGGAGCUGUGAUUUGAGGCCUUGCUGUGUUCCCCUUGCCUGACUGCCCCCAUCUCGGGUAUGGCCAACAGCAGCCUGUGGGGAGGUUUGGCUGGGGAGCCGAGUGUGAUGGUGUCAUUGAUGUCACCUCUGUCAGAGUGCCAAGGGCCAUGAAGGCGCUAUUCUCCAUUAAUAAGGUGGGGUUGUCCCAGGUGAGCCUAGUUCAGUGCAGGGAGCAGGAGAAAGGGCUCUGCCUGACAAUCUUGGGGACCCGAGGGGUAGGGGAUGACAAGGAUGGUUUUGCCUGGAGAGUCCUUCUCUGUUCUAGCAGGAACUCUGGCCUGACCUCCCCAGGACUCUCAUCUGCUGACAGGGUCUUUGGAGGUUCCCGGAGGGUCUUAAGGGCGUUAGGGAAGAGCACAGGUGGAGUGCAUGGUGUCAGAAACAGCUACUGUUUCCCCCUCUCCAACACAGAGAAGUUAGUCAGGGAGAUCCAGGUGGAAAUGAUUUAUUGCAGAGCUGUGAUUGUCCUGUUGAUGGCAAGCCCUAAUGAGUACUGGCCGGCAGGACUGGCAGUAGGUCCCAGCUCAGAGUCCAGACUGGAGGUCUCUUCGUCCUCUCCUCAUCCCCUUUCUCACAUUGCACCUGGAGCCUGAUCUUGUGUGCUUCUUGCGUCGAAUCUGUGUCUCAGGUGAAACUCACUUCCCGUAUCCUCGCAGUGCCACACUGGAUGAGUGCCUGGCUCUGGGCUUUUGGAGGCGGGGCAGCCCCCUUCAUCACUCAUUGCCAUCGUAUUUUCAGGGAAACAAUCCUCCUUGCCCAGUGCUUCACCUCCCUGGUCCUUGCAGAAAGGCAGGAAGAACAAAUCCAUUCUCUGAGCCUCCUUAGGUUGAGCUGGUGGCCGUGGCAAGUGCCAAGUCAUGAGUGGCUGUGCCAAGAUGCUAGGGAGCCUGGUCCCCAGCCAGACUCCGGGCUCAGGAAGGGCAGAGGCCUGCAGUAGGGCAGGUGGUUCCAAGUCCCGUGUGGGGCCUAGAGCUCUGAGCGAUGUGCUUGUGCCAGUACUGCCUGGGCAUCCACUCUGUUUCUCCUUUUGUCCCCCAACCUGGUCCUGCUGUGCUGUGCUACAAACUAUGAGAAUUUAUACAUUCCCACCUGCAUUGGCUGAGGCUUCUUUAAUUCUCUGAAACUGGGUUUAUCAACCUUGGUUGAUCCACCAUGGCAUUAGCUUUGACAUUUUAAAAAAUAAACCUGUUAUUUUCUAGUGUCCUGUGGCAUGGAAAGUUCAUUUUUAUCCUGUGACUCAUUUAAUCCUGUGUCAGUAAAGG